CUUCCUCAGAACCCACUUUCUGACCCCAUUGUUAUCCUAAGGCUUGUUCGAACUUGAUUUGACCAAGUGAACGGCAUUUCAUGGACUCUAGCUCUUCAUAAGAAGAACCAAGGACAGUCGGGUCGCCAUGUCUGCCCGUGCCAAAUUAGCAGAGCUGCGCGCUCUCCGCGCCGCGGGCAAGAAACGCCUUUCCACGUAUGAGGUGGAGGAACAGGGCGAUGUCUACGAAGAGGUCGAUGACGAAGGGUACAAGAAAAUCAUCCGCAAUCGGCUCGAUCAGGACGACUUCGUGGUCGACGAUAACGGCGAAGGAUACGCGGACGACGGUCGCGAAGUGUGGAACGAGCGCGGCGCCGACUACGACAGUGAAAGCGAGGACGAUGAAUUGCCUGCCCGGAGCAAGGCUGCCAAGCGGAAACGUGAAGAAGAGAAGCAGAGGAAGGAAAAAAUCAACAACGGGAUCUCGAAAUACUUCAACAGCGGGGCUGCGCCGUCCGCCCCGAAGCCCAAGCCAGUGGCUACCGCAGAGGAUGAUGCCUUCAUGGCUGACCUCCUUGGAGAGGUCGAUACCAACGUCGUUCCGCAACGCCUACCAACCCGAAAUAUCGUCAAGUCCGAGACUCGACGCAAAGUCCGGAUCCUGUCCCCGCCGCUCUCGGACAGAACGCGAAAGGAUGCGCAUAUCAAGAAGGAUGAGAAUAGUGAUCCGGUUUCUCCGGUAAAGGAUCAGUCGGAUACUAACAUGGACGACGACUAUGAUGAUGGUCCGCUUCCCAACAUGGAUGAUGAGGACUUUCCUAUGAGUGACCCAAUGCCUUCAUCGCCUAUCAGCAAGGCCAUCGAGAGGAAGACAACGGCUGUGGCGGUCAAGGUAGAAGAAUCGGACGAGGAUGACACCGACCUGAUGGAAGUCACGCAAGCUACUGGACAGAACGAAGCCAAGGCAGCAAGUAUCAACAUGGCUGGGAGCCGACCAGUGCCUAAGCUUAAGAAGGAGUCUUAUCCUUCGAUCGCCAGCUCUUCUCCCGUCAAGGCUCUACCAGACGUUGAUGCAUCUUGGAACGACGUCCGAAGCAAGCUGAACGUUCUCAGCAGCCCCGCCCACUCUGAGAUGCGAACCUUCGGAAAACUACGUCCACAAGACGUUGUUGAGGAGGAUGGGAGCUUACGUAUGUUCUGGUUGGAUUUCACUGAGGUCAACGGGAGCCUGUGCUUGUUCGGAAAGGUGAAGAAUAAACAGACAGGCUCCUAUGCCAGUGCCUUCGUCAAAGUCGACAAUAUCCUCCGAAAAUUAUACUUUCUUCCCCGCGAGAACCGUCACAAGCACGGGCGCGAGACCGAUGAAGAGGUGGAUAUGGAAGAUGUCUAUCGCGAAGUAGACGAUAUGAUGUCGAGGUUGCGAGUGGGAAUGCACAAGAUCAAGCCGUGCACGCGCAAGUAUGCGUUUGAGGUGCCCGGCAUUCCGAAAGAAACGGAUUAUCUGAAGCUUCUCUACCCUUAUGAUAAGCCUGCAUUGCCCAUGGACGUCAAGGGGGAGACAUUCUCCCACGUCUUCGGAACUAACACGGCCUUGUUCGAACAAUUUGUGCUCUGGAAAAACAUUAUGGGUCCAUGUUGGCUGAAAAUUGAAGAAGCAGACUUCUCGGCUGUCAACAAUGCCUCCUGGUGUAAGUUUGAAUGCCAGGUGUCGAAGCCUGCGCUCAUCUCUCCGGUGCCCGAUUCCGAGAAUCUGGACGCACCGCCUCUCACAUUAAUGAGUCUUUCGUUCCGCACGCAACUCAACGUCAAGGAGAACAAGCAAGAGAUUCUGGUGGCCAGUGCCAGAGUUUACGAGAAUGUCUCUCUCACGGACACUACUCCCCCGGAGAAGCUGCCUUGCAAAACUUUCACGGUUAUGCGGCCGGUGGGCACCUCUUACCCCAUGCACUUCGAAGCCGAAACCCGGAAGCAACGAGGUACAUUCAUGCUGGAAAGGAGCGAGCAGUUUCUGCUCAGUAAAUUCCUGGCACUGUUCGAGAAGAUGGAUCCUGAUGUCCUCAUGGGGCACCAGCUCCAGGAAGUCGACCUCAGCGUUCUUCUCAACCGACUCAAGGAAAAGAAGACGCCAGGAUGGCAUCGCCUCGGGCGACUGAAACGUGGAGACUGGCCUAAGAACUUCAACAGGGGUGGAGGUUUCUUCGCUGAAAGGCAUUUGAUCGCAGGACGAUUGAUGUGUGAUGUGGCUAAUGACAUGGGCAAGUCUCUGAUGAUGAAAUGUCAAUCUUGGAGCCUGACAGAGAUGUGCGAACUCUACUUGGGACAGGGCAAUACGAGACAAGAACUAGACACCGAAGCAGCCUUGAAAUCUUGGGCUACCACGAAAGAUGGUCUCAUGAAUUUUGUGAACCAUUGUGAUGCAGACACUUACUUCAUCGCCGCUCUUGUCUUGAAGCUGCAGAUGUUACCUCUAACCAAAGUGCUCACCAAUAUUGCUGGUAACUCCUGGGCAAGGACGCUCAGCGGUACGCGCGCCGAGCGGAACGAGUACAUUCUCCUCCACGAAUUCCACCGGAACAAAUACAUCUGUCCUGAUAAAUACUCUUCCAAGCUGUUGAAAGCGGAAGAGAAACUCCAGGAAGGUGACGAGGACGACUCGGCGGAUAAGAAAAAGAAGGACAAAUAUAAGGGUGGUCUGGUUUUUGAACCCGAGAAGGGCCUUUACGACCGCUUUGUCCUAGUCAUGGACUUCAACAGUCUGUACCCGAGUAUCAUUCAGGAGUAUAAUAUCUGCUUCACGACCGUGGAACGGACGGCAACUGCCGAGAAUGACAAGGAGGAGAAAGUACCCGAGGUCCCGUCGUCAGAGCAAGAGCAGGGUAUCCUGCCCCGCCUAAUCGCAACUUUGGUCGGUCGUCGACGUGAGGUGAAGAAGUUGAUGAAAGACAAACGCGCGACGCCUGAGCAGCUCGCUCUCUGGGACACUAAGCAGUUGGCCUUCAAGCUGACGGCCAACUCUAUGUACGGAUGCUUGGGUUACACGCAGAGUCGCUUUUAUGCUCGUCCCUUGGCCAUGCUUACCACCUUCAAGGGGCGUGAGAUUCUCAGAAGCACCAAGGAGCUGGCGGAGUCGAAACAACUCCGUGUCAUCUAUGGUGAUACUGACUCCGUCAUGAUCAACACGAAUAUGGACACUAUCAGCGAUGCGAUUAAGGUCGGUGAGGAAUUCAAGAAGUCGGUGAAUGAGCGUUAUCGACUAUUGGAGAUCGAUAUCGACAACAUCUUCCGUCGUCUCCUCUUGCAUGCCAAGAAGAAGUACGCUGCCGUCAACAUCACAGAAGUAGAUGGCAAGUACGUUGACAAGCUGGAAGUCAAGGGUCUCGACAUGAAGAGACGUGAGUACUGCUCACUGUCGAAGGAAGUUUCUCAGAAACUGUUGAAUGAGGUUCUCUCUGGCGAGGACCAAGAACUUGUUCUUAACCGGAUCCACGACUACCUGCGCGAUCUUGCAGGCAAGAUGCGAGAGUUCACUGUCCCUGUGCAGAAAUACGUGAUUUAUACGAAACUCUCCAAGCGACCUGAGGAAUACCCCAACAAGGAGACAAUGCCUCCAGUGCAGGUCGCCCUGCGCGAGCUCGCUCGAGGAAAGACAGUUCGUCCCAAUGACGUUAUCUCUUACAUCGUGACCAGUGGGGAUUCGGAAACUGCAUCCCUCCCGCCGGCCAAACGUUCGUAUACACUGCCGGACGUGAUGAAGCCCGACUCGGAACUCAAGCCCGACAUCGAGUUUUAUUUGCUCAAGCAGAUCUUCCCGCCUAUUGAGCGUCUAUGUGCUCCUAUCCCCGGUACUGAUGCUGUUCGGUUGGCGGAGUGUUUGGGCCUCGAUGUCCGCAAAUAUCAGAUCAACACUUCUACUGGAAGCAACCAGCAGAACGCUGACAUCUUCCCGCUGGAAUCGCAAAUUCCCGAUUCGGUGCGUUUCGAAAGCGCAGCUCGACUCACCCUCACCUGUCGGUCCUGCAAGGAGAAAUCAGUGUUUGAAGGGUUGCUCGGGUCCGUUCAUAUGUGCACAGCCAAUGGCGUUAUCUGCCCCAACCAAGCCUGUCAGAAACCUUUCUCGGUUUUGACCAUCGUUGCGCAGCUGGAAACUCAGAUCCGGGCCCAGACUUCCAAAUAUUAUGAGGGCUGGCUUGUCUGCGACGAUACGGCCUGCGGUAACCGGACGCGUCAGAUCAGUGUAUACGGGCACCGCUGCCUGGGUCCCAAGGGUCACGCUGAAGGUUGUCUUGGUCGCAUGUCCUACGAGUACACGGAAAAACAGAUGUACAACCAGCUGCUCUACUUUGCCGGACUUUGGGAUGUCGACAAGGCUCGAACUGCGGCUGAGAAGGAGGGGAACGCGGAGAAGAAGGACAGUGUGGCAGCGUUAGUCGAGUUCAACCUUCUGGUCAUUGCGGGGUCGGACAGCUCGGGUGGCGCGGGUCUAGAAGCGGACCAGAGAGUUCUGGCUGCUCACGGCGUCUAUGCACUGACCGCAACCACCGGUCUUACAGCGCAGAACACUCUGGGAGUGCAAGAUAUCUUUAUCAUUCCGCCUGAAUUUGUCAAGAAACAGAUCAAUGCUGGCCUCGAAGAUGUCGGUGCGGAUGUAGUCAAAUUGGGAAUGCUCUCCUCCGCGGAGACAAUUAAUGUGAUUGCCGAGGCUCUGGUCACGCAUCAGAUUCCUGCGGUGGUGCUGGAUCCGGUCAUGGUGUCAACAAGUGGAUCGCAACUGCUCCCUGGGGCCGCUGUACAAGUCCUGCGGUCGAAAUUGCUUCCCCUGACCACCAUCCUCACCCCGAACAUCCCAGAAGCUCUGCUACUUCUCAAGGACUCCGGAAUUGAUGUUUCCGAGCCUACUGACCUCCCUGGAAUGGUACAGCUGGCCAAGCAGAUCUGUUCCUUGGGCUCAAAGGGAGUCUUGCUCAAGGGCGGUCAUUUGCCCCUCACAAAAGAUCAUAAGACCGCGCAAAAUCAGGAGGAUGCGUGCAUCGUCGUUGAUGUACUGUAUGAUGGCGAGGAAGUCACCUUGUUCGAGACGGACUUCCUCAUCUCGAAGAACACGCAUGGCACGGGCUGUUCGCUGGCCUCGGCCAUUGCGGCCAAUCUCGCCCUCGGUAAGGGCAUGAAGCGGGCCGUCCAGAGCGCUGUUCGGUUUGUUGAAGCCGGUAUCAAGACCAGCUUUGAUAUCGGCAAGGGGAGUGGGCCGAUCAACCACUUCCACUCGUUGUAUAGCCUGCCGUUUGCACCCGGUCGUUUUAUAGAGUAUGCGCUGGGUCGUCCUGACGUUCAGGAGGCUUGGAAGAAGUUUACGGAGCAUGAGUUCGUCCGGCAGUUGGGCGAUGGCACACUUCCUUUGGAGAGAUUCAAAUCAUAUCUCGUUCAGGAUUAUCUUUACUUGAUUCAAUUUGCACGGAGCAACGCUUUGGCUGCAUACAAGGCGGGGAGCAUGGAAUCAAUCGCCGCGUCUGCGCAAAUUGUCCUACAUAUCCAACGCGAAACAGCGUUACACCUAGAUUACUGUGCCUCCUUCGGACUGACCAAAGAGGAAAUGGAGAAGACUCCGGAAACCAUUGCGUGCACUGCGUAUAGUCGGUAUAUCCUCGACGUUGGCCAGUCGGGAGAUUGGCUCGCCCUACAGAUGGCUCUUGCGCCUUGCUUGAUCGGCUACGGAGCUAUCGCACAACGACUCUACACGGACAAAGAUUCGGUGCGGGAGGGUAACCGGUACUGGAAAUGGGUUGAGAACUAUGUCGCCGACGACUACACCGAGGCAGUGCGUCUGGGGUCCGAAUUGCUUGAAAAGCAUAUGCGAGAGGUCUCGCCCAGUCGGAUGGAGGAAUUGAUUAAGAUUUUCGUGCGGGCGACGGAGUUGGAGAUCAGAUUCUGGGACAUGGGUCUGGGUGGUGGCGAAUCUUGUUAGCAGUGGGACUAUUCACUCUUUCAGUUUCGAGAUGACGGACUAUGGUAAAUAUUGCUUUGGAAAUGGAGAGAUAUUCAAGAUUGUGUAUGAGUAGAGUAUAUAGCUGAGAACCGGACUACUAAGCAUGACGAUCGACUUGGAUAAUCA